AUGCCAUUUCCAUUCGUCCUACCGACCACCUCGGCCUUUUCCUUCUCAUCGUCCUUUAGCUCUGACUCUCACCCAUCGCUGCCCCUCAGCGCGAGCACUUAUCGCGGGGUUGUCAGAGACGCGCUCAAGAAGCAUAAAAGACUGCCUCCCUCGUCUCAAACUGCAAAUCUGAGCACCGUCAUCUCCAGUUUAGAGCACUAUCUUCCAUAUCUCGUCGCCAUUGAUGCCGGCUUAAGUAAUCAGCCAGUUGGCAACGAGACAGUCAACACAGUGUUGGAGUCGACUCCCUCCAUCUCAUGGAGACCAACGCUUUCUGGCGACCUUGUGCCUGGGCGCGAACGUCCCCGGGUAAAUAUCAUUUCAUUGGAACAUGAGCUUUAUUUUACGCUGUCUACUUUGGGCUUCGCUCAUGUCCUCAUGGCAAGGGCUGCGCUUCAACCUCUGUAUUCUACAACUCUGGAUUUCCAGGGGACGCAAGAGCGGACAACCAUCAUGACAACAGCCACGAAAUACCUGCUAGAGGCUGCUUCUAUAUACGACUACAUCGCCACGAGAAGUGAGCAGGUAAUUGGUAGCCCACCGUGUGUCGAUGUUUCUCCUGCUACGCUCCGUGCUCUCUCUUCCCUCUGCCACGCCGAGGCCACGCUGUUGGCUGUAUUAAAGGACGACCCCUACCCGGCAGCUGUGGCACAAGAUAGGAAUAAAAACGACAAGGAGUGGAUGUUCAAGGCUCCAGACAUUCCAAAAGUUCGAGCUCAUCUCUACGCUCGUCUCUGCCUCGCCGCAUCUGAACAUGCUGCAAAAGCUGCCGCAUUGUGCCAAUCAGCCAAGGCUGGGCCAAGCGGUAUCAGCUCUGGAUUCUUGCGGUACUUGGAAGAUUUACGGCGGACUAGCCGAGCAAAGGCCUGUCGGUUCUUUGGAAUUGACGCCGAGCUGGGAGGCGAGACGGCAGAAGGGAUUGCCUGGGCACGUGCUGGCUUACAUGAACUCGGUGUCGAGGUCAAGGACGCGAAGAAAGGGUUGAGUUUUAGUCGUACGAUGAAGGGGUUCAAUGAGAAGAGGGAGGAUCGCCGAGUUGACAAGGAGACUACCUGGGGAGCCGAUGCUGGCAAACUGGAGGAGACGAGGAUUCUCGAAAUGCUAGACGCAAAAUGGAACAAGAUUAAUGAUACGAUGAACACACGACCUGUUCCUCCUAUCAACGCUUUAAUAAACAAGAUGCCUUCGGGCCGUGAGAUUCACACCAUCAAACCUUAUCAGCUCCCUGUUUUAGAUCGAGAUGUACUGGAGGCCAUGCGAGCUCCCCCAGAACAGGGUGAAAAUGUUGGGGGAGAGUUUAGUUCUGAUGAUGAGACUCUGGUUGAAGGCUCUGCGUCAAGGAGCUCGUAUUAUUGAAAGGGGUCUUGGGUACAUGUAUUUAUUGGCAUUAGCAUAGGUAUGGGUUUCACGGAGUAUUGCAUAUCACAAAAAUAGGAAUCUUUAAUAGGU